AUGUCAGACACAGCUGUGGACACUAGCUCCGAGAUUAUUACCAAGGACUUAAAGGAGAAGAAGGAAGUUAUGGAGGAGGCGGAGAAUGGACGAGAUGUCCCCACAAAUGGGAAUGCUAAUGAGGAAAAUGGUAAGCAGGAAGCUGAUUAUGAGAUCGACAAAGAAGAGGAAGAAGGUGGGAAGGAGGAGGAAGAGGAGGAAGAAGGCAACAGUGAAGAAGAUGAUGGAGAUGAAGAUGAGGAGGCUGAGGCAGCUACGGGCAAAUGGGCAGCUGAGGAUGACAAGGAUGACCAGGUUGAUGCCAAAAAGCAGAAGACCAAUGAGGAUGACUAG